ACGGGGAAACACCGCCGCGCUGCUCGUAGUCCCGGCAUCUCUCUCACAGUGCGACCAUCUACUACAAACUGUUGCCUGACCUUUUCUGGUCCCGAGUUGAUGUGUCUUUGUGAGUUAAGUCAUGGCGGUGGACUCUCAUAGGUCAGUGCGGGUCCCCAGAACAGAGCUGAACUGCGAGUUGCUGUUUAUAAACUAUGGAAAAGUUCACUGCCUGAAGUUUAGUAUAUGAGACUGAGAGAAAGAAGUUUCAUUCACACCCAGAUCUACUGCGGUGUGUUGUGGGUGAUGAGACGCUGACACGAUGGAGUGAUAAGUGAUCCAGGUACACUAACAGCUCUCACCUCACGCCUCCCUCCAAUAACUAUUUAAAAAUUUAUUACAAAAACUCACAUUACCAACACUGCCGGAGUGACUAGGGGGAACGUCUCGAAGCUGAGUAGGAGGAAGAGUAUGGCGAAGUGUGACACAAUGUACACCAUAGGCUCCAUCAAGGGCUCCUGGGCUCCAAAAACUCCUGUGUAAGCUCCGCCACACACCGAGUCUCAGCCUCAACAAACAAUAACCUGUCAAAAACCUCUUAAGUAAAGUUAAUGGGAGUUUGAGAUGUUUUAUGGUACUUCAACACCGAUUAACUCGUGAGUGAUAAGAGGCUUUAGAUAAUUUUUUCAUGGCAUCACUCGUCUCACUUACCACCUGUUUAUGAUGAUGAAGCUACCAUGUAAACUACCCCGAGAUGACUUUUUUAAAGGCUAGAGGCACUUGUGUCAAGCAUCUCUGGUGACACGAGAUAAAAACUUCUUAUAGAAAUUUUUAUACCUGAAAUUAAGCCUCCAUCUCUGUGUUUACUUUAUGGCGGGAAUUCUCCGGUGUAAAUACUCUUGUGAUACGUGAUACAUAUCCUUCACUUAUAAGUUUACUGAACGUUUAACAUGACUUAUAGACAACGUAGGAAGGUUUAACUGUAAUAGGUAAGGUAAGAGAAUAUCUAUCUAUCGUCUAGAGAGAAAUAAAACACUGUAAUCUGCCUCUACUGUGGUCUCAAGGGAAGAUAUAUCACUUGCCGCCUGAACCCUACAAGCUGCCACUUCUCUAUAUUAUGGAGCUCUUAGAUUAUGAAACGACCUGGAAUAUGAGCACUAUCCAGGUCAGAGACAUGGCGCAGAACGGCACCGGUCAGGAAUACGAAGACCCUACGAUCAAUUUGGUCUAUACGAUGUUGAACAGCACCAACAGCACGGGGAACGUGACCCUAGGGGAGGAGAACAAAUACCAAUUACCCUGGUGGCAUCAACUCAUCUGGUCGGUCUUCUUCGGCGGGAUGGUUGUGGUGGCUACAGGGGGUAACCUCAUUGUCAUCUGGAUCGUGUUGGCUGACAGACGCAUGCGUACAGUCACCAACAUCUUCCUGGUGAACCUGUCCGUGGCUGACGCUAUGGUAUCCACCCUCAACGUUGUCUUCAACUUCACCUACAUGCUAAACCUUCAUUGGCGCUUCGGGAGGAUAUACUGCAAGAUCAGCCAGUUCGUAUCCAUUCUGUCCAUCUGCGCCUCUGUCUUCACGCUCAUGGCCAUCUCCUUUGACAGGUGAGACGCUGCAGAAAUACACGAGUUCCUUCUGUCAUUUACAAUCCUCAGGUAUAGACGAGUCACCGGUAAAAUUCCAAUGGUUCUCAUCCUUAAAAAGACGAAGAACUAUAUAUUGGUCGUUUUUUAGUGUCCAAUGGUUCGUUAUGGUUCACCUUCUCUCAGUUAUCAUCCACAAACAAACAAGAAAUAACAUAUAAACAACUAUUAGAUCCACUCCAUCCUUCA